GGCCCGCCGCCACACACCGCCCGACGGCCCCGGCCGGGCCUUCCCGCCGCCCCGUCCUCGGCUCCGACCAAUCGACCGCCGAACGACUAACCCCGCCUUAUCUCUGCCCGCUUCCCUCGCUACGCUAAUCGAGGUGUCGGUGGAUCGGCUCGCUCGGCUUGGGGACAGCGGGGCGGACGCCCGUCGCGCGGGUGCGGAGGGGGGGGCGGCUGCCGCCAUUUUGCAGGAAGAGGGGCAGUGGGGCCGUGAGGCGAGAGGGAGCCCGCCGCCUGCAAUGGCCAAUGUGCUCUGUAACAGAGCAAGAUUGGUCACCUACCUACCAGGGUUUUAUUCCUUAGUCAAAAAAGUUGUAAAUCCCAAGGCUUUUUCUACAGCAGGUUCCUCUGGCUCAGAUGAGCCUCAUGUUGCUGCUACACCUCCAGAUUUAUGUCCAAGAACUGUAUGGCCAGAUGAAGUAAUGGGUCCAUUCGGUCCUCAGGACCAGAGAUUCCAGUUGCCUGGUAAUAUUGGUUUUGACUGUCACCUGAAUGGCACUGCUUCUCAGAAGAGCAACCAAGUUUCAAAAAGUCUGCCAGACAUAUUAGCAGAGCCUUCAGCAAGUGAAAGGCAUGAGUUUGUAAUGGCACAAUACAUAAAUGAAUUUCAGGGUGCUGAUGUUCCACAGAAACAGCAAGUAAAUAACGCUGAAACUUACUUUGAAAACGCAAAGGUAGAAUGUGCGGUACAAGCUUGUCCUGAAUUGUUACGAAAAGACUUUGAAUUAAUGUUUCCAGAAGUGAAUGCCAGCCGUUUAACGGUAUUAACUGUCACCCAGAAGACUAAAAAUGAUAUGACUGUAUGGAGUCAAGAAGUGGAGGAUGAAAGAGAAAUGCUGUUAGAAAAUUUCAUUAAUGGUGCCAAGGAAAUUUGCUAUGCAAUUUGUUCUGAAGGCUAUUGGGCUGACUUCAUUGAUCCAUCCUCAGGACUGGCAUUUUUUGGACCUUACACAAACAACACUCUGUUUGAAACAGACGAACGCUACCGCCACUUGGGAUUUUCUGUUGAUGAUCUUGGCUGCUGCAAAGUGAUUCGUCAUAACAUCUGGGGUACUCAUGUGGUUGUGGGAAGUAUUUUCACUAAUGCUGAACCUGACAGCCCUAUCAUGAGAAAACUAAGUGGGAACUAGCAGUAUUCAGGAUUUCACAAGUUCUUACGAGCUUUGAUUUCUUCUUCUUGAUGAUUCUCUCUAAGCAUUGUCAGGAAAUACCACACUUUAAAGUAUUCUUAGAUAAUAAAGUAGCUGUUAUUUAUUUUUAGUCUUUGUGAAUGUGUUCACCGCAUGUGACUUAGAAUAUUAAUUGACAACAUUGAAACAGAUACCUUUAUGUGCCACAUGGAUUUUAAGCUGUGAGGUUCCUUCAUCUUGAAUAAGUUUAACCAUACAUGUACAUAGCUCUCUGCAUAUCCUUUUUUAAUAUUACCUUGCAAGCCACACCGCUUAACCAUUUUGUCUUUCAAUGUCUAACAAAUCUGUGCUCUUAGUAUGAAAAAUCCUGAUGCCACUAAAGUUUCUAGGAAUUUUGCCACUUGCUGAAAUAAGUGGCAAAAAACAAAACAAAACAAAAAAGUCAGGUAAUAAAAUUGUUCUCCCAGAAUAUAGAACUUAAUAAAAACUGCAGAAGUUAAUGCUGGACUAAUCACUCAUUUGCUGUUCUAAUAUGAGACUAAUGAGAUAAGCUUUCAGUGGUCUCUAACUGCAAGUAAUACUUCAGUAGGGGAGUGUUCAUUUGACUGCUACAUCCAGAGACUCGGUAAAAAGUCUUAAAUUGCUCUAGAAUGGGUCCUCUCUCAGUGUUUUUUGUCUUUGUGUUCCUUCGGAUUUUAAUUUCUCAGUGUUUGCUAAAUACAUGUUAUUAGUUCUGUAAAUGUAACUUGAAGUUGCCUUUAACUUCUUAGGUCAUUAAAUAUGUUGUGAAAAAAGAAAAGAUAAUGGGGCAAUGCUUGGAUAUCAUCUUUUUUUUCCUGUAUUUGGAUGCAAUUUAGACUUGUCUCUUUGGAAUUUUGAAAUGCCUGCGCAAAGAGCAAUUAUGAUCAAUUAUUGCAAUUAUGAUCAAUUAUAAAAAUAUUUCGACAGGAAGGUUUCAGUAAACUAGUUGGUCUCUUCAGGUAUCAUAAAAACAGUCAGGUCAGUUGAAGUUACUGGAGGGAGAAUACUGAAGAAAAUUCAAGGCACCUGAAAUUCCAGAGCUCUGUCAGCUGCCUCCCUCCAGAGACUAACUAACAAAUUAGAUUUUAAUCUCACGGCAGUUGCUUGCCGGGGCCGUUUGUUAAUAAACCACUGCAGUAGCUGUGCCAGUUGGUGCAACAAUGGGAAUCCUUCAGCCUUGGCUCAGAAUUGAGUGCAACUUUUGUCUGGCUAAUGCCUGCACAAGACGAUGAUCUGAGAGGUUUAGCUUCCUGACAGAUAGCUAGGGAUUUUAAUCAUUGUGUCUUUUUUUUCCAUUGUUAACAAGUACCGAUUUAAAACUUGUUCUAGGUUUGUAUACCACUUCCAUUCCCUACUCGGGGUCUGAGCCAGUCAUCACCAAAGUCUUUUUCUUUACUUUCAUGGGUUAAGAAUCAGAUCCUUUACCAAGUGCCUGUAUCUGUCCUUGUUAACGAUUGCUGCACGCCCGUAACUCUGCUGGAUUGCGGAGGUGUAGGUGAGGAAGACUUUCCACUGGAGAAGCGAGUGCUGCCUACUCUAAAUUGACUUGCUAAGCCAGCAAUUCAGAGGUUAUCUUGCUCACCUACCACCACUGUCAUUGCUGUUGGCUCUAGUCUGCGCACAUUCCGAGGCUGAAGUGUGUGCCUCUUGAGGCAGGAUUCGUUUAUCGCUUUGUCGUGGGAUUUGUGCUGUAUUUCCAGAGCCCAGGUUCUUGACCUCUCUACUGUCCAAGAAAGCUGUAUUAUUUCCAAGUCUUAUAUUUAUUUCUCAUUCUCAUAAAGAGGAUUAAAAAAGCUUGAAGCUGCAA